CGAAAAAGUCUCUUGCCCGCGCACGCGCACGUCUCCCCAAACGGCUACUUGAACUUGACCGACUCCCCGAGCUCUCCCCUGCCCCUCCACCGUAGCUCGCGAACCGCCGCGCCAUGCCGCCCAAGCGCGCGUGCCGCCUGGCGCUGCUGGCCGCGGCGGCGGCGUACCUCCUCUUCCUCCUCCUCUUCGAGCUGCCCUCCUUCUCCGUCUCCACCGCGUCUCCCCGCCUCGCCCAGGCCGCCACGCGCCGCGAGCUCCUCCGCGCCUCCUCCGCGCGCUCCCCGCUCCGCCCCCGCACCAGCGCCCCGCUCGCCGUCUCCUCCGUCCGCGUCCACCGCCGCGCCACCAGCUCCUCCUCCUCCGCCUCCGCCGCCGCCGCCAUAUCAUCCAUCGACGCCUCGGCCGCCGCCGCCUUCGCCGCCGCGGCGCCGCACCUCGCGCGCCUCCUCUCCGCCCCCGCUCCCCCGUCCUCCGCCCCUUCGCCGUCCCCGACCGCGGCCGCCUCGGCCUCCUGCCCCGCGACGGUCUCGGCGCCGAGGGACCAGCUCGCGAGCGGCGCGGGAGUCGCGGUGGACCUGCCGUGCGGGAUGGCGGUGGGGUCGCGCCUCACAGUGGUGGCGCGGCCGCGCGCCGCGCGCCCGGAGGUCGCGGGAGCGGGGGACGGGGCCGCGCCGCCGGUCAUGGUGUCGCAGUUCAUGCUCGAGCUCCUUGGCACCAAGGCGGUGCAGGGGGAGGAGCCGCCCAGGAUACUCCACUUCAACCCCAGGAUCCGCGGGGACUUCAGCGCCCGCCCCGUCAUCGAGCUCAACACUUGCUACCGGAUGCAGUGGGCGCAGCCGCAGCGGUGCGAGGGGUGGCAGUCACGCCCGGACGACGACACUGUUGAUGGGGAACUGAAGUGUGACGAAUGGAUUCGUGAUGGUAACAACGAGACACAAGAAUCACGGAUGAAACGGUGGCUGAACCGUUUGAUUGGUAGGCCGAAAGUCAAUCGGCCAUACCCAUUUGCGGAGGGCAAGCGAUUUGUUUUGGUCAUAACAGCUGGUUUGGAGGGCUACCAUGUCAAUGUUGAUGGCCGGCAUGUCACGUCAUUCCCUUACCGCACCGGCUACAAUCUUGAGGAUGCGACACAAUUGUCUUUGAAAGGAGACAUUGAUGUCGAGUCCGUUUUGGCUGGUUCAUUGCCCACUUCACCUCCUACUUCUGCAACAAGAAGUUACCUUGAGAUGUCUAAACAGUGGAAGGCCUCACCCUUGCCAACUGAACCUGUUGAACUUUUUAUUGGGAUCCUGUCAUCUGCUAACCAUUUCGCCGAGCGUAUGGCAGUUCGGAAAUCAUGGAUGAUUUCUACCAGGAGAUCAUCUGAUGUUGUUGCGCGCUUCUUUGUUGCUCUGAAUGGAAGAAACGAGGUCAAUGAAGAGCUGAAGAAGGAAGCAGAUUACUUUGGGGACAUUGUUAUAGUUCCAUUCAUGGAUAACUAUGACCUUGUUAUUCUAAAAACUAUCGCCAUCGUUGAGUAUGGGGUGAUGGUUGUUCCUGCAAAGCACAUAAUGAAAUGUGACGAUGAUACGUUUGUCAGAAUUGAAUCUGUAUUGGAUCAAGUAAACAAGGUCCCACGUGGAAAGAGCAUUUAUAUGGGAAAUAUAAACUACUACCACAGACCCUUAAGAUCUGGGAAAUGGUCUGUCACAUAUGAGGAAUGGCCAGACGAAGUGUAUCCUCCUUAUGCUAAUGGGCCUGGCUAUGUCAUUUCAUCGGAUAUUGCUCAAUAUAUUUUAUCCGAGUUUGAUAAUAAGACAUUAAGAUUAUUCAAGAUGGAAGAUGUUAGUAUGGGCACGUGGGUUGAGAAGUUCCAUACGACUCGUCAGCCUGUAGAGUAUUUGCAUGAUGUCAGGUUCUACCAACCUGGUUGCUUUGAUGGUUAUUUCACCGCACACUACCAGUCACCACAACACAUGAUCUGUCUGUGGAGAAAGUUGCAAGCUGGGAGCGCUCAAUGCUGCAACGUAAGAUGACAGUGGACAGCACCGGGAUAAGUAUAACGGAGAACUCACUAAUCAUCGAGACAUAACACAGAGGAUACUGCACUUGUACUGUCUGCUGGACCUUGCGACCAUUCGUUCAUUCUUUGGUCAGUAGUUGAUUCAGCUGCUGAUGCUAACACUGGAGAUCCAUGUUCUUAGGGUACUGUCUAUCAUAUUUACAAGAGAAAUUCAUUGUUUUCGUUCAUCUGAGUCCUGAGUCUUGACCCUUGGAGCAUCUGAGUUCUGAGUCUUAUUAUCAAACUCGGAUAAAAUAUAUUGAGCAAUAUAUUUUAUGCUAAUGAGUA